AUGGCGCCAACAGAGGGGCCAAUGAGCAGAGAUGUACCUCACGCCGACGAUAAUUCGGCUUUCGCUAGAUUUGCAAGUCGCAGAAGCGUUGUCUACAGUACGAAAGGAAUGGUGGCGUCAACACAGCCACUGGCUUCUGAGGCAGGACAGAAGAUUUUAAGAGUAGGGGGAAACGCAGCAGACGCUGCUGUAGCGGUAGCCGCCGCGCUCAACAUGACCGAACCUUGCUCAACGGGAAUUGGGGGUGAUAUGUUCUGUUUGUAUUUUGACGCAAAAACCCGCAAGGUCCACGCGUUGAACGGCUCGGGUCGAAGCCCCAAGAACACAUCACUUGCGCAAAUCAGGGAACAGCUUGGAAUGUCCGGCACCAAGCACGGUAAAAUCCCCCCAACCAGUGCGUUGUCUAUCACUGUGCCAGGCGCUGCUGCAGGCUGGGUCGAUACUAUAGAGAAGUUUGGAAGUGGCAAGGUGGACAUGGAACAGAUCUUGGCCCCAGCUAUUGAGCUAGGACAAGAAGGGUUCCCUGUCAGUGAGGUGGCUGCCCAUUCCUGGAAAAAAGGCGAGGCGGGACUCAGACGCGCAUCUCCAAACUUCCCCGAGAUGCUGAAGCGCGAUGCGGCAUCGAGGGAUUCGUGCCGGGCACCACGUGCGGGCGAGCUUAUGCGCAAUCCCACUCUCGCAGAUACGUUUCUGGCAAUUGCGAAGGAAGGUAAACGAGGGUUUUAUCAAGGCCGAAUCGCACAAUCGGUUGUAGACAUUGUUCGAUCUAAGGGUGGAUUGAUGGAGCUGUCCGACCUGGAAGAUCACAUGAAUCGGGCGCCCGAAAGCAAUGAACCGAUUUCUACGAAAUUUUGUGGGCAGAAUGUUCGCCACCUUCCAAAAAGCAAAGCGUCGCAGGAUCUAGAUCAACAUUUUGUCGAACUCUGGGAGCAUCCUCCCAAUGGACAAGGCCUCAUCGCACUAAUGGCACUUGGAAUUCUUCAGGAGCUUGAGGCACAGCAGAAGAUCCCCGCGUUCACGGAAAAUGACCACAAUACAGCACCUUUCCUGCAUGCUAUCAUUGAAGCACUGAAGAUAGCUUUUGCUGAUGGAUCGUGGUGGAUAACGGACCCUCAAUUCAGUCCUGUGUCGCCAGCAGAUCUCCUCUCUCGUUCUUAUUUGGCGGAGCGAGCAAGUCUGUUUGAUCCUCAGAAAGCCAAAGAUUACGGUCAUGGACAGCCAGGGCCUAGUCCAGCCCACAACCACUGUGACACUGUCUACUUUGCCGUGGUUGAUGCGGAGGGCAAUGGCAUGAGUUUCAUAAACUCCAAUUAUGAGGGGUUCGGUUCGCACGUUAUACCAAAGGGCUGCGGAUUUACCCUCCAGAAUCGAGGAUCAAACUUCGACUUGGGGCCGGAGGGCCACCCUAAUAUCUACGAAGGUGGGAAGAGACCAUACCACACUAUCAUUCCGGGAAUGAUUACCAUGGGCAGUGGAGCUCAUCGCGAGCUUCAUUCAGUCUAUGGAGUGAUGGGUGGAUUCAUGCAGCCACAAGGACACGUACAGGUGCUCCUCAACAUGGUAACAUUCGGCAUGAACCCACAGCAGGCCUUAGAUGCGCCGAGAGUCUGCAUCAGCGCUGCUGCGGAUGAAGGUCGUGGUAUGAAGGCUGGUAACGUCUUUGUCGAAGAAGGUAUCGAUGAUAAUGUUAUUGAAAGUCUUCAAAGGCUGGGCCACAAGGCGAAAGUUCUAUCCGGCUGGGAACGCUCAAUGUUCGGCCGAGGUCAGGUUAUCUCCCGCUAUGUGGAUGAGGAUACCGGUAAGGCGAUUUAUGGAGGAGGCAGUGAUCUCAGAGGGGAUGGAAUUGUCUCACCGAGCUAG